UCUGGGCUGAGGCUCCCAGUGAGGGAGGCAGGCACACUGACCGAGAAAACUCGACUUAAGUCAUGGCGGAGAACAACACUAAUCUGUUUCUGGAAAUACUUCAGUCUUUUGAUGCUGUUCCUCUGAUCAUAGCGUUCUGUGUGUCCAUGGCGGUGGGUCUGGUCUUGGGGGCCCUGGUCUAUGUGAUCCUGACCUGGAUGUCCCGUCGCAGAGCAGGCUCUGCCAGCAUCACCCGCCGCCCCCCUCGCCAUUCUCGCAGCUCUCCUCGCACCCGACCAGGCUUCAACCGUAACAACAGCUAUGACCGACGCAGCAACAACAAUUUGCUGAGUGCUGCUUUCACCUUCCAACGGCAGCCGUCCUCCCCAGAUUCGGUUGACCCACUGGGACACAAAUCCAGUUUUAGGGCAUCGACCUUCCACCCUCUGCUCCAGUGCAGCCAAAUUGCAAGAGAGGCUGAGGAGGGGAGCCAGACUACAUUACCACGAACACCGACUCUGAGCACUGCAUCUGGAUCUGCUCAGACAUCAGGCCAGGCAGCUGCCACCCCUCCUAGACCAGAGUCAUUUUGGGGAAACGCUGGUCUGAGGGGUUUUCAUGCUACACAGACCCCACCUCCAGCUUAUGAGAGCAUUAUCAGAGCUUAUCAGGAAACACGCACCUGAGGAGCGACACCACCAGGUUUACAUGAACAGAACGAAACCUAUUUACAAAAGAUACUGAACUAAAUGUGUCCUGACCUAUUUGUCCAGGGGGAGCUUAAAUGUGUACCAGUGUUUUUGACAAAAAACAUUCUCUAGAUGGUGAAAAAUGAUAACAAAGCCUGCAACUAAUGUUUAUCUUCAAUGUUGAUUAGUUUCUUGAUUAAUCAGUUAGUCGUGUGGUUUACAUAAUGUCAGAAAAUGGUGAAAAAAAAGUCAAUCAGUAUCUCUCAUCUACAUGAUGGCCUCAAAGGUCAAGCAUGGCAUUAUUAAUUAUAAUAUGCUGAGUUUACUGAUAGACAAGUAAAGAAACCAGAAAAUAUGAACAUUUCAAGCAGUUGCUGAUUAAAUGUCUAGCAGGAUUUAAGAGGGUUUAAUUGCAGAAGUGGAUAAUAAUAUUCAGAACUGUGCAUGAUCACCUGAUCAUAAGAAUCACUGUGUUUUCAUUACCCUAGAAUGGGCCUUUUAUAUCUACAGAGGCAGCAGGAUGAAUGCUUCUACAGAGAUUCUACAAUGGCUCAGAAACGGUUUCCUCCUCUUCAUUUUACUUGUUUAUAACAGGCUGCAAGCAGUGUUAAUGUGUAUUACUAUCACUUACUAUGUUGGACCAGAGUCAUCAAUUUAAUUAAAAAGCCUAGAAUACACAAACAAAGGCUGGCUUUAAUGGCCUGUAACAUUUUUUGUAGACACCAUAGAAAGAGAGUAGGGUAUCAGAUAGUAUCCAACUACAACUUUACCGUUACAUUUAGCUAAAUAUCACACACUAAACCUUUAAUUUGGCAGCAAACAACUUAUCAACAAAGUGAAUAAUCACUGGAGCUCUAAAAACAACACAAAACCUAACAAUCAUCUGGAAGUCUUUGUUUUCUAUAUAUGUAUAGUGUGGACAUGAACAUACUAAUCACGCCAUCCACCACACAAUAUUGAUUUAAGAAUUAAAAAAGUAAUGUUGCAAAGGCUGCUUAAGAACAAAGAAAACAUAUCAAUCAGAUGUCUGCAUGAAGCAGCAUCUGACAACGCGUGCAAGAAACUACAGAUUUAUUGUGUUAGCUAAGGGUAUAUGUGCAUAUGUGCCAGGCCAACAUUUCAUGCUUCUUCCUGGCUGAUUACCUAAUGCAAAUAUAGAAAAAAAAAAAAAAAAAAAGAGAGAGAAUGAUUUUGUAUUUGGAGCCUAAAGAGGGACAAGUUUUGAGUAUGAUUUUUAAAAAAUGGAUUUCUAGACAUCUAUGCAAAAUACUGGUGGAGGCAGCUUUAACUCAAAUAAUGCCUUAUUAGCUGUCUCAUAAGAAGAUGUUUUCAAAGAACUGUGAUUGGGUGUGCGGCAUUCGUCAUCGUUUACAAAGUGUGUCUGAGACUGUUUGCAUCUUUCAUGUGUACUGGUGCAACAAGGGGACAGAAACAAGGGGCAUUAUAGUCAGAGGUUUUGUUGUUUGUUUGUUUGUUUGUUUGUUUUUACUGUAUUAGGCAUAUUAUGUCUGGAGAUGCAGUUUAUAAGUUAAUAAAAUAAAAGCAUGACAAAUGA